AUGAUCCGUCUUAUCGAGGGGUUCGGAAAGUUAUCGACUGUGUUCGUGUGGCCGUCAGUUGGCGGUCGAGUUAAUUUUGACAAGAAAAUGGGAAAAGUCUAUUCCAUAAAGCCUGCACGUGCUGGUACUCCCAAUACAGAUGCUCGGUUGUUUCAAUAUUCAUGUUGCAGAAAUCACAUAGAUUACUGGAGACCAGUUUACAACCACAACCACCACCACUACUACGACUACAACAACCACUACCAAUACUACAACCACUACCACUACCACCACCACCAUCACUACCACGACUACCAUGACUACUAUCGGUACCACCACCACUACCACCACCACCACCACUACCACUGCUACAACUUCCACCACCACUAUUACCACUACUACCGCUACUACAACUACCACCACCACCACUACUACCAUCAAUACCACCACCACUAUUACCAAUACCUCCACCACCACCACUACCACCACCACGACUACUACUACCACUACCACCACCACCACUACCACUAA